UCUGUACAAAUGUGUUUGCUCAACCAUUUUGUUGGGAGCCCUGUAUGUUUCCUUUCCUCUGUUUCCACGGGUGUUUUGCUGUUCGUCUGUCUCGUCCCCCAGAUACAGGCUGAAUCCCCGAAUCCAGGUUCUUGUUUAUUUAGAUUAUGUUGGCCCACACUCUUACACUGAUUGUUCUGUUCAACCUAAAAUAAAACAAUUAUAAUCUAGGAUAUAAAUUCUCCCAGUCAACUAUAAAAAAGGAUGGAUUUAUGUUUAUUGCAAUACAAAUACACCGUUUUAAAAAUGUAUAACCUUGUCUACACUUCAUAUCAUCUACUUCGGACAUGGCUCCACGCAUUCCCCGUUUUCUUUGAAAACAAAUGCACAUGGCUAGCGAAGUGCAUGGGGAAGGGUCGUCAACGAUUUGUUACGACAGUGUUGUAAAAUGUCUACUACGAAGCUGUAGGGGGCGCUGUGUAGAGAAAAGUGCGUGCCAAACCAAGAAAACAGCGAAGAAAUGCCCGAUCUUGCAUAGUGGGCCUUUUAAUGUAAUCGUUGACUAACAAAAACAAAGAGAAGUAAAAACGGAAUAAUUUAUGAAAACCAUUUUCCGACGAGGAUGGGAUUCGAACCCACGCGUGCAGAGCACAAUGGAUUAGCAGUCCAUCGCCUUAACCACUCGGCCACCUCGUCUCGUUACCGCGCUAUGUGUUAGAAAACGUUCCUAUUAUUCCGCAGAUAACACCAUAAAUACAUAAAUUCAUAAACAAAAAACCUUAUCUUAUACUCUCUAUGAUCUGAAAACUUACACGGUCCGCCAAAAAGAGAGUGAGGCUCAUUACCACUGCACCAAAGGACGCAAUACAGAGGCAAAUACUGAUCAAAUAUUACGACGUUGAAAAUCACAUUUUAACAGCAUGAGACAUCUUAAAUAAAGACUAAAAUACUAACCGCCAUUUUAACAAUAGCAUAAGACAUCUUAAGUAAAGACUAAACGCCAUUUUACUGAGACGAUCGUUUGUCUAAUAAUUAUCUUAAAUGGCAUGGGUUAGAUUAACUUUUUUGUGUGUAAUAAUAUACUGUGAUAUAUUUUUGAAAUUCUGAAGUGUGAUAAGUAAUUCAGCUGAAGAAAGACUAGAAAAAAACAUGUAAAGUAGUGGAAACACACGCAUGUGAUACAUAAACUCACCAGCAGAUGGCAAUGCUGUGCUUUAGUCCCAUCUUUAUGCGUUUUAAUAUAAAUAUAUCAUUGAUCAUGACAAUGUGGAUGUCUUUCAUGAGUUAACAUUGAUUUAAAAGUCUGAAAGCUUUAAUCUCAGUCACUUUAUUUGCUGCAUAUUGCUAUUGGUGAAGGUCUAAGGUUAUUGUUUAAUGAGCAUCAGACUUUACCUGAACCAUAAAUACAGAAUUCCGCUAUCAGUAAUCUGGUUCAAGGAUCCGACUUUACGGCAGGUAUAAACCGUUUUCAGGUAUAAAGGUCUCAGCUGGUAGACAUCCUCGUUUAAAGCUCAGUCUACCUGUAAUGAAGACCACUCGUGUCUGAUGGCCAUGAUGAAGCUCCUGCUGCUGAUCGGACUGGCGUCCCUAACCGCCGCGCACUCUAUACCUCGUUUUCAAGAUGUAUAUGAGGUCUAUCCGAACGGAGAGGAUGUGAAUCCCCUGAUGAAUCUGGGUUCAAAGGACAACUUGGUAGAGGGGGACAUCCUGCUACCGGAGGGUCGAAACGCGCUGGUGGAUACACGCUACAGAUGGAAGUUUCCUAUCCCCUACAUCCUUGGAGACGACCUCGACCUGAACGCGAAGGGCUGCGUCCACCAGGCCUUCGAGAUGUACCGCCUCAAGUCCUGCGUGGACUUCAAGCCCUACGAGGGAGAGAAGACCUUCAUCAAGUUUGAGAAGAGAGGCGGGUGCUUCUCCAGCGUGGGUGACCAGCAGAACGGGCAGAUCCUGUCCCUGGGCGACGGCUGCGACCACAAGGCCGUGAUCGAGCACGAGCUGCUGCACGCGCUGGGCUUCUACCACGAGCAGUCCCGGACGGACCGCGACGACUACGUGGACAUCUGGCUGGACCAGGUCAUCCCAGGAAUGGAGCACAACUUCAACAAGUACAACGACGACUUCAUCACGGACCAGAACACGGCGUACGACUACGAGUCCAUCAUGCACUACCGGCCGUUCUCCUUCAACAAGAACGACUCGGCCCCGACCGUCACCACCAAGAUCCCCGCCUUCUUCAACAUCAUCGGCCAGUACCUGGACUUCAGCCGCCUGGACGUGCUCCGGCUCAACCGCAUGUACAACUGCUCCGGCCCCCUCACCCUAUUGGACCAGUGUGCCUUCGAGACGGACAGCGUGUGCGGGAUGAUCCAGAGCCCCUCUGACGACGCAGACUGGGUCCACACCGGCAGCCGGCCGGGGGCGGAGGACCACACCCUGAUGGGCCGCUGCAGAGACGCCGGUCACUUCAUGUACUUCGACACGUCGUCGGGCCCCCCCCAGACCUCCGCCCUGCUGGAGUCCCGGACCCUCUACCCCCGCAGGAAGGGCCAGUGCCUGCAGUUCUUCUACAAGAUGACCGGAGACCCCCAGGACCGCCUGGUGGUCUGGCUCAGGGAGGACGACGGCACCGGCACCAUCCGCAAGAUGAGGAAGGUCCACACCUUCCACGCCGACUCCGACCACUCCUGGAAGAUCGCUCACGUGUCCGUGGCGUCGACGGUGAAGUUCCGCUACUCGCUCCAGGCGGUGCGGGGCGGGGCCAUGGCCGCGCCGGGCGGCGUGUUCUUGGACGACGUGGCGCUGACGGAGACGGCCUGCCCCGCCGCCGUCUGGCGGAUCCAGAACUUCUCCCGCAUCAUGGAGGGGCCGGACGCCACCAUCCCCAUCAACAGCCCGCCCUUCUACAGCCCCGAGGGGUACGCCUUCGGCGUGCAAGUCGUACCGCGCUCCACUUACAGUGACUACAGCGGCGACUACACCGGGCUGUACUUCCACCUGGUCAGCGGCGACAACGACGUGGUGAUGGACUGGCCGGCUGUGAACCGGCAGGCCCGACUGGUGGUGAUGGACCAGGACCCCGACGUCACCCAGAGGAUGUCCACCGCACGCAGCCUCACCACCGACAUGAAGACCAUGGCCGACGGGAGGCUGAUGUGGGACGAACCGUCCAAGGUGGGCACGCUGGACCCGGCGUGCGGAUGCUACCGCGGGCCGUCCUGGGGGUGGAGCAACUUUGUGAAGCACUUCGACCUGCGGCGCCGUAGCUACCUGAAGAACGACGACCUCAUCAUCCUCUUGGACUUUGAGGACAUAACGUCCAUGGUGAAUACAGAGGUCCCCAUACAGCCCAUGGAGGUGUAGGAGAUCCCAGAAUUGUUUCUGUGGCAGCGAAACCAGACGUGUUGCUCUUUGACACACAACACACAAAUAAUGUAAAUCUAUCGACCAAUAAUUUUUUUAAAUACAUCUACAAAGGCAAAUCAUGUGCAUACAUGUAGAGUGUUUCUGUGGGAUCCGGGCCUAGAAACAUGAUGGCUCUGGGUCCAGAAACAUGAUGUGGAGCUGAGUCAAGAUGGAUCUGGACUCCUAAAUCUGAACCUAAAUGUCUUGUUUUUCUUCUCCUGGUGUAGAAUGAGGAGGGUUGAAGUGUUACUACAGAGUUAUGUGUUCUCUCCACUGAUUAAACCUCAAUAAAGGGUUAAUGAUUCUUCUGUUGCCCUGCAGUCCUUCUACAGAACAUCUCAGGGCCAAGGGAAUCAG